UUUUUAUCAUUAUUUUUCAAAAUCAAUUUAUGUAUCAGUUUUGCAACUUAAAGGCUAAAAUUUGCCCAAAUUUGAGGAACAAUUAUAGGUGCUAUUUAUUUUAAAGUAUUAAUAUCGUUAUUCCAAUGAUAUGGAAAUUCUAGCUUGAAAUUUACGUUUUUUUUGUACAAAAAUUAAUUUAAGAGUGCGCGUCCAUCAACAAACAGAAAAAAAGCCGAGGCAAGUUUUUUGCGAACAUUUCUACGCACUGAGGUGAAAUUUAGUGAAACUUGGUGAAAGUUUGGAGCGGAUUCUCACAUUUCACGUUUGAAAAGAAUGGGCGUGCUUUUCCCUACUGACUCAGUUGACGUCAACGGUAAUUGCUUGACCCCUGAGCGGGCUCCCGCUGCGAAACCACCUUUCACGCUUGCCGAUCUCCGGAAGGCUGUGCCACCACACUGUUUCGAAAGGAACCUCUUACGCUCUUUCAAAUACGUCUUUUAUGAUCUCUCUGCUCUCUUUGCUAUCGCAUACGCAGCCAGUUUCAUCCCCUUGCUACCCCUCCGGCUACAGUAUGUCCUCUGGCCUACCUACUGGCUCGUUGCCGGCACACUCAUGCUCGGCGUUUGGAUAUUAGGUCACGAAUGCGGUCACCAUGCAUUCAGUGACUACCGAUGGGUUGACGACCUGGUGGGGUUCGUGCUUCAUUCCUGCAUGCUGACGCCAUACUUCUCGUGGAAGCUCUCACACGCCCGGCACCACGCCAACUCGGCCUCCGUCGAGCGCAACGAAGUCUACGUAGCCCGCAAGCGGGAGUCCGUGCCCUGGUUCGUCAGGUACUUCAACAACGCCCCCGGACGCAUCUUUAACCUCACCGUCUCCCUCCUUGUUGGCUGGCCGCUCUACCUCACCCUCAACGUUUCCGGACGGCAUUACGAUAAAUUCGCCAACCACUUCUACCCCUCGAGCCCGAUCUACCCGGAAUCCAAGCGCUUCCUGAUCUUCUUGUCCGACGUGGGGGUGGCAGUCGCCUCCUACGGGCUCUGCCAGCUGGCCCUGACGCACGGACUCCCGUGGCUCCUCCGCAUGUACGCCGCCCCCCUCCUCGUCUGCAACGCCUGGCUCGUCACCGUCACGUACCUCAACCACACGCACCCCGCCCUCCCACACUACGACUCCUCCGAGUGGGACUGGCUCCGGGGCGCCCUCUCCACCGUCGACCGGGACUUCGGCUUCCUCAACCACGUCUUCCACCACGUCACCGACUCCCACAUCGCCCACCACCUCUUCCCGCAGAUGUCCCACUACCACACCGUCGAGGCCACCAAGGCCCUCAGGCCGAUACUCGGGGAGUACUUCGUCUUCGAUGGAACGCCCAUCUGGGAGUCCCUGUACAGAGAGACCAAGAAGUGCGUCUAUGUUGAGCCUGAUGAGCGCAGCAAGGGUGUUUGGUGGUUCAGUGAUAAAUUGGACUAGUCCCUUGCUGCAAAAGAGUCGGUCAGAUAGGUAGAAACGAUUUAAAUUUUAUUCAGGGAUGCUGAACUUAGGAUUUUUUAAAUUUGUGUUAAUUUAGGGAUUUUUGAAUGAUUACUCGCAGAGAGUUUUAGAUAUACUGACUGGUGUUACAAAGCUACGGCUCGCACAGCUCCGGAGAAAAGUAUGGAACUUUUUGUUGAGAUUGGAAACUGGGUGACUUUAAAAGUUAAGGAAUUUUAGAUAGUUUAGAUAUUUUGAAGGUUUUGAUUAUUCUUAACUUUCAUAGUUAGCACUUAUAGAUACAGGCAAAAAGUUUGAAUCUUCGAAAAACAAUCGGCUGUUGUGGUGAUGCUUGUCGAAAAUUUGUGUAGCGAUUUAUUUGUUCCUUUAAAAAUAUGUUUAUGUGUAUUUGAAAUAAGAAAACCUGUGAUAAUGUGAUGAAAUGAUGUUUCUUGGAUCCUAAAUAUAGGAUAAUGAGGUCAUUCAGGUCAUCUGGCUGUGUUUUAUGCGUAUAUUAGUUGUUAAUCAGUAUUCCAUGUGUAUGACUUAUACUUUAGGUUUGAAAAUUAAAUAAAACAUUAUUUAUUUUCUCAAA